UUCAAUUGAUCAUGCAAUCCGGAAAGCCAUUGGUUACGAAGCUCCCAAUCUCAGCUACCGUAUACGAGCUAAAGGCUGAGCUUCAGAGCCUUCUCAAUAUUGAGCCGGAAACAUUGGAGAUUUCUGCAUCUGAUGUAACGUGUGCCGAUUCAGAUCUUUUAAUAGAAGUUGCUGGUCUAGGCAAAAACAAACAAAUUAAGCCGGUUGUGUCUUGCUAUGAAGGCAACAAUUUUGUGGGCUUGAUACUAUUUUCCCUUGGGGGCGAGGAUUUCGCCGAUCCAUUAGUCGAUAAUUCGGUGUCAGACUCAAGUAUCGAAGAUAGUGAAUCUUCCGUCAUUGAGCUAUCCUCGGGAUCUAGUGGCGGAUCCGUCCAGCCAUCCACUAUUGAUUGCAAGCGAGGUAUUAAACGAAAAGACCAAGGACAUGAAAUAACCAUAGAGACUAAACGGAUCAAAUAUGUUCUCGAAUCCAGUGAGGAGAGUCUAAAAACCACUCGUAUGGAGAUAUGCAGGAGGCAUGCGAUAUGGGAGGCUGCGGAAUAAAGUGCCGACCACGCCCGGUUAAACAUGAAAUCGAAAUGGAACCUGAUGUUAUAAAUGGUCAGCGGCCCCCGUACGUUAACAUUCUCCCAGAGAACAGGCCGUUUGUCGUGGUUAUAUCUUCCUCAGAAUGUGAGAAAAACUUUUGCGACCUGUUGGAAGAGUUCUUUGGAAUUUUUAAGGAUUUCAGAAAUGUUCGCUGUUUGGAUUUCAAUGAGGUGACUCCAGACACUGUACAAUGGGCGGCUGUACAUUGCAGCGGCCAAUGAGGAUACGAUGGACUGGGUGGCGGGCAACGUAUGCUCCAUGGAG